AUGAGCACACCAACACGUUACAGAGUCAUUGCCCUUUACAAGCAGCUCAUUUAUCUUGGCCGCGAGUAUCCAGCGGGUGCAGACUAUUUCCACAAGAAGCUGAAGGGUGCCUUCAUGAAAAACAAGGAUCUGACCGAUCCUGCCGAGAUUCAGAAGCGAAUCGAUCUUGGCGACUAUGUCUGCAAAGAAAUCGAGGCAAUGUAUCAUAUCAACAAAUACAGGGCGAUGAAGAAGCGGUACUAUGAGGAUGCAGAGGUGGAGAAUAUCCAGGCCAAGCUUGAGAAUGCCAAUUGGGCACAGGGCAGCGGCAGCAGCGCAACACAAUCGUCGCCUCGACAGUAG